AGAGUUGUGAUUAGUCGACACCAUGUCAUCUACUGCUACGUUCAACCCGUUCCUGGAUCCCUGCUAUGACGAGUCCUGGGGAUGCACUUUCAACAGUAUGUCCCCUUACAUGUGGGCUAAUCUCGGUAUUACCUUUUCUUUGGCAUUCUCCGUUAUCGGUGCUGCCUGGGGUAUCUUCCUCACCGGUUCCUCAUUGGUUGGUGCUGCUGUUCGUGCUCCUAGGAUUAAGUCUAAGAAUCUUGUGUCUAUUAUCUUCUGUGAGGCUGUCGCUAUCUAUGGUGUUAUUAUGAGUAUCAUCAUGAAUUCCAAGAUGGAGGGUGCUAGAGAAUUCGUUCCCCCAGCUAUCCCCACUGGUAACAUGGCUGUUGCCCAGGCUGCUGGAUACUGCCUCUUCGCAUGCGGUCUCUCUGUUGGUUUCUCUAACCUCUUCUGUGGUGUCUGUGUCGGUGUCUCUGGUUCCGGCUGUGCUCUUGGUGAUGCUCAGAAGCCCGAGUUGUUCGUCAAGAUGCUCGUUGUUGAGAUCUUCGGCAGUGCCCUCGGUCUUUUCGGUAUCAUUGUUGGUAUCAUCCAGGCUGGCCAGGGAACUUUCCCUAAGGACAUCACUCCCCAGAUCCCCAUGUAAAGAAGGAGCAUCCUCAUGAUGAUGAUGGUGAUGCUCGUUACUGAUAAACCGGUAGUGGCUUGAGUGGUUGUCUUCGAUCCGUUGCUGAUAGUCUCAAUAGUUGUUAAGACUCGUGGCAUAUUCAGUUGUGAAGUCCUUAAAGGCUUCCAGUAGUUAGUGGCUGCUGCUCUUCCGUACAUCGAAUCGGUUCUUGUUUAACAGCGUCAUCAUACCAUUCUUGGCAAUGCAAAUCAAUAAGGGUUGUCGCCGCCACAGUCCCUAGUUUUUGAGGCGUCACCACUCUUGAUGAGAGUAGUACCAUUACAGUUGCUAAAUGCUCUAGCGAGCCGGUCUGCCCUAGUGCUAGUUGAUGGUUUAGCAAUCGUCUGCACUGAUAACAGCAUCCACUCCUUCA